UGCCAGAUCACUUAUCCUGGGAUCUGCAUUUUUCGAUUCUCUCGGGUAUGCCGAUGUUCAGAUUGUGAUUCUUCCUCAGUUUUCAGUAAUUUUUUAUGCGGUGCUUUUUUUUUGCUCGCCAUCUGUUGGUGAUAGUUUGAUUGAUUGCAAUCAUGGAGGAUUGCACGCGACAUCCGUCAAUAUUACAAAAGAUACAAGGCCAGUCUUACCUUUUUUCAAGGGUCUCUCCUCAUGCACACUCCAAACACACUGGUUUGAAUUAUAUCUCCAGUAGUUAUGUCAAUGGAGGAAUGAGGAAUUCAUCCAUGAGAUCAUUCCAAGCAACUGGCCGGGAAAUUAGUUCACCAACGCCUCCAUUAGCUAUAAUGUCUCCGGCUGAGAAAGGUAAAGGCCAUUUUAUGGUGGAUUUCCUCAUGGGAGGGGUUUCUGCUGCGGUGUCUAAAACUGCAGCCGCUCCGAUCGAAAGAGUAAAACUUCUAAUUCAAAACCAGGAUGAGAUGAUCAGGGCGGGACGAUUAUCUGAACCUUACAAAGGAAUUUCCGAUUGUUUUGCUCGAACUAUCAAGGAUGAAGGAAUGCUAGCUCUUUGGAGAGGCAAUACUGCAAAUGUUAUUAGAUAUUUUCCUACUCAGGCCCUCAACUUUGCCUUCAAAGAUUACUUCAAGAGACUUUUUAACUUCAAGAAGGACAAAGAUGGAUAUUGGAAGUGGUUUGCUGGUAACUUGGCAUCUGGUGGGGCUGCUGGUGCUUCAUCGCUUCUAUUUGUGUACUCUCUUGAUUAUGCCCGGACAAGAUUGGCCAAUGAUGCCAAGGCUGCAAAAAAGGGUGGCGAAAGGCAGUUCAAUGGAUUGAUUGAUGUUUACAAGAAAACAAUUAAAUCUGAUGGCCUCGUUGGUCUCUACCGUGGAUUCAACAUUUCUUGUGUUGGAAUUAUAGUUUAUCGGGGUCUAUAUUUCGGAAUGUAUGAUUCUCUGAAACCUGUUGUUCUAACUGGUACAUUGCAGGAUAGUUUCUUGGCUAGUUUCUUACUGGGAUGGGGUAUCACCAUUGGUGCUGGUUUGGCUUCUUACCCUAUUGACACUGUUCGAAGAAGGAUGAUGAUGACAUCAGGAGAGGCUGUCAAGUAUAAGAGCUCAAUGGAUGCAUUUUCCCAGAUUGUAAAGAAGGAAGGAACUAAGUCGCUCUUUAAGGGUGCCGGAGCGAACAUCUUAAGGGCUGUUGCCGGUGCUGGUGUGCUAGCUGGCUAUGACAAGUUGCAGGUCAUUGUCUUUGGCAAGAAAUAUGGAUCUGGUGGCGGUGGUUAAUAACAGAAUGGGGUCCUGAAACGAUGAUGAUGAUAAUGACAACGAGUAAGUCUUGCUUUUCUUCAUCCAGAUGACGUUUACUCUUUGGAAUAAGACGUUCAUGGAUGCAGUUUCUUGUUUGCUCUGGACAAUAGUUUUACUCAAGAACCCUGUAUAAAUUUGCACACAGAUCUUUAUUUUAUGUGUGAACUUUGAUUAUUGAGUUUUUCACAAAUAGUUGAGUCUCCUUUUUUCUUUUUU